AUGUACUUAAUGAUCCUGUCAUAUAUUCAAAGAGAAUUUAAAUACGCUCAGAUGUUCGCCAUUACGUAUCCGAAAUGUAUAGAGAACCAUAGGGAUAAUUUUUACGUAUUUUUAUGCUUGUUUUCUCUUUCUUUCAUUUUUGCAAUUUACGCAACCAUUGUCUAUAUUGGUUUCGAUCCUUUGAUAUCAAUAUUUGUGUUACAAAUUUGUGGUCAAUUGGAAAUUUUGAGCCAUCAAUUGCUGGCAUUAAAUGAAGUGACCGAUUCAAAUGAAAUUAUACAAAGUUUAAAAACUAUCAACAUUAAGUUGCAGUGUUUAUAUAGUUUUAUAGAUUCUCUAAAAUCAAACUUUAUGAUUUUAUUCGAGUAUCAAAUUAAAGUUGCGAUAUUUUUGGUGCCUUUCGCUCUAUUUCAAAUAUUUCAAGGUGUUAAGCUCAGAGAAUCAAUUUACUGUUGCGGUUGGGAAAAACAGUCGAAUAUCAAAAUAAGGAAGACCGUGUUACUUAUGAUGACGAGAUGCAAUAAUCCUCCGAGUAUAAGAUCUGUUUUCUAUCCUGUUAAUCUCGAGACAUUCUCUGAGGCGUGCCGGCAAUCUUACGCCAUAUUCAAUAUUAUGAACGCAGCUUGGUCAUAA